CAUGGAGCAUCGCUGGCCACCCAUGUGUCUAGGGGCUUCAGGGACCUAGUGGCCGCUUCCGGGAGCCUGCCUUAGCCUGGGGCCCUACUGCGCUGCCAACCGGACUUUUAACGGCCCGGUUGGUGGUGUUGACCGGAGCCACCAAGGUCCCUUGUUGACCAGGCAUUCCAGUCAAAAACCAGACGCCUGGCAACCCUAGCUAGUACCAGUCCCCUAGCACUAGCUUCCCUGUUCUGGAUAUCAGUCUCGGAGGGCCAGGAUUUCUCUCUCUCUCUCUCUCUCACACACACACCCCACCCGCCCCCAUCUGCUAAUGAAUCUGGUCUCCUGAUUGGUUGAAGACUCCAGCAGGCACUUUCUUAACACCUGUAGCAGGGCUGGGUCUCUGGCUGCUCAGUACAGUUCUAUGCUUGCAGCUGUGUUUCUGGUCUUGAUCUUGCCUACUCCUUGCUCUUUGUAGUUAGUUCCUGUUCCUGCUCUGGCUGCUACUCUGGUUCUGACUCUUGCCCCCUGCUUCCUGGCUCUGGCUUGUUCCCUGGACUGGGUAAUUUGGUUCCUCAUUUGGGUUCUGGUCACUAGGCCUGAUCACCCCUAUUCAGCCAUUAGGCCAGCCUCCUGUCCUGACCAUUAGUCUGCAUACAGCCUUCCUGGACCUACAGAAAGUGAUGAAUGAGGUCUGGAGCAGAGCAUGAUGGUGUCAUGAAAGUGGCUUCCUACCACGCCAUGGGCAACCAAGUUGUAGAAUUCCUCACGUCAGGAACACUCAUGCAAGGGGACACAACUGAAAAAAUUCUAACAGCUGGGAACGUUUCUGCAGUUGAAAACAGCAACAUCACCCUGCGGUGUUCUCUCUCUUUGACCAAUGCCAUUGUGUCGCAGGUGAACUGGAACAGGUGUAACAGGGUCACGCUUGCAGUUUAUCUAAACAAAGAUAAAGGCAUAGUCCAGCCUGUGUUCACUGAGAAGGUAUCACUGGCAGCAGAGUACGGGAUAACAAUCCACUUAUUAGGAGUCAAUGACACUGGAGAUUACUGUUGUGAAUUUCACACCUUCCCUUAUGGGAUAUACGAAGGGAGAAUGUUCCUGGAACUGGCAGGAGCAUCAGAGGAGAUGACCCUUUGGAAGAACCUUUCAUACAUAAUAAUCAGCCUGAUACUGGGAGUUCUGCUCCUCAUGUGUUUCAUAGUCUGGAUCCUUAGGAGAAAGAAACAAACUUGGAAGAUCCACGUGCCGUCCCAUGUCCUGCAGAAGGUGCCCUCCAGCAGCAGCGGGCAGGACUGCAGCUCACCAAACCCUGCCACAGGCAGCUCAGCAGAGGCCAGGGUGGCACCUGCCGGCAGCGUGGGAGCUCAGGAGGAGUCUGAUGAUGAUCACGACUAUUUCAGCGUCCUGUGGUACAAAAGCCACAGCAGCAGGAGCACUGUGGUACAAAUGGGGUAGCUGGGUGGGGAGGAGGGAGUUUUGGCUGCGGGGAAGCUUAGCGUUCCUGCAUCAGUUCUUUAGUUGAAACCUUUCUGCUUCCUCCUAUUAAGUUCCGUAAAACGGUCUGGAGGUUGGCUGGUCAAGAGAAAGGGUAUGUGUGGUGGUGGUGGUGGAAGGGAGAAGUACAGAGCACUGUUGUACAGGCACAGGGUGUUUGCACUGGAUAAAUCAAGAGAUUGGGAAGGCCUUUACCUUCUAGGGUUUUGUUCAAAAUCCCAUCCAGGCUAGUAGCGACAAGAAGUUGUUAUUAGCUGAAGGGCUGCAUGGAGGUCUCACGCCAGUUUUCUAGGGGUACCAGUGACCACAUCACAACUGGGGAAAGAAAACUGGUUCAGUAGAGAAGCAAGGUAAUGACUGAGUCAUGGAUAUUGACUUCUCCUCUCAUCUCUGGAGAUGGUCUCUCAAGAGCAGGGCUGAAGAACACUAACUGGGGGGGCUUUGUGUGGGAAUGGUGCUAACUCACCUGCUGCUGCUUGGACUAUACCUGAUCUGAUGGAUAGAGGACUUCAGUCUCCAAAGCUGUCAGUGCAGCAACAUUCACUAGCAACAGAAUUUAGGCAUGAAAAUGGCUUUGGGGCAGUCAGUUGCUGCUCACUUUGCAUAUGGGACCUGCUGGAUAAUGGGAAGCAGCCUUUUGAUCCCACAGGACCCUGCUGGUUAAUGACAUGCCUUGGGGUUGCAAUCCUCAGGCUGAGACCCACUGGAAUAUGUCCCUGGAUUGUCAAUAUGGCCUUGGGGUGCAGAUUUGGUGAGUUUACCUUGUUUUGAGAAGAGCGCCUCCUGGCUGUAGAAUGAGAAAAAAAAUUUCUAGAUUCCCAUUAAAAUGCUCUUUCAACCCCUGCUAUGGAAAUGAUUAUCCAAUGUAUUUCUAUGGCCCUCAUCUUUUAGCAAUGAUGUUGCUUUGCCAGGACUGUGGGGAUAAUUCUCAUGCAUCCCACUGGAGGAGGAUCUCAUUUCCAGGCUUAUGACAAAUGGAAGAUAUCUUGUCUUGAAGUUUUAAUCUUUUAGGGCAAAACCAAAAGCCCCGAGGAAGGAGGGGUGUGUGUGUGUGUGUGUGUGUCCUAACUUUCACAAGAAGACAUCUAAAUUAGGAUACCUUGUUUAUGCAUUUGGACUCAAUCCAAGUGCAGAACUGGGUGCCCUAAAUUAAGCCUCCAUAUUUGAAAAGUGUGCUCCAGUGGUGAAACUGUGGUUCUGUUGCAUCACUGGGAGUUUUGUUGUUAGUUUCAGUGGGACCAGGAUUUGGCUAAGGAUGUGAAAGAAAAAUCAAAACUAGUAAUUGAGUUUGGGGAGGAGGGAUAGGUUAGGAUAUGUAGGGCAUCUGCCUUCUCAGCUCCUGCUUGACCUUCCAGUGGCAUCUCCUGCCUGGCAAGUCUUGUGCGCUGGCUUGAAAUCAUGUAACUUCCAGCAGCCAUUGCUGCCUUUUUACCAAUGGAGUCUUGGAUUCAAACUUGACUUAGGUCACCAAUGAGAAAGUUUGGUGACCUUUGCCUUAUCUUCAGAGUAGGUUUAUGCAAAUCACUGAACCAAGAUUUUGCAGCUCAGGACUGAAAUAUAGAAGUUGAAUUGUACAGGGGGUGUACAAUAGUAAAGAUAUUGCAGAUUAAGACUUAGAUGCACUAGCUGAUCUGUAAGGGGUCCCAGGACAGGACUAGCAGGGGGACUGCAGGUCAGGAUGGAAGGGCAUUGGCAGAGCUGUGUGUGAGGAGCCAAGGACUGGAAUAGCAAGGAAAGAUGCAAGGCAGGUUACUUAGUCUGCUGUUGUAAUGGAUUUUUAAAAUAUUAUUUGACCAAAAAGCUUCUAUUUUUAAGAAGCCUCUUUUUUGGCCAUAUUUUGUGAUAUUAAGCUUCCAUUCAGUGAUUUCUCUGUGAUACAGGGUCCUCUGGAGAAGUUUAGCCCCCGAGUCAAAUGUUGCAGUGUAGUCAUACAGUGUGUGCGCCAAUGUGGUUCUGUCCUAUCAACUGCAGGAUUGUGUAUUUACAUGCAACCUUGUAUAGUCUAGGAGGAAAAUAAACCCACAAAGACACCUGCCAAGUUUUUUACUUUUUUUUUUUUAAUUAUUCCUUCAUAUUCAAACUUCACAAACAGUGUGAACUUGUACAAUACCUCAGAAAGUGAAACUUACAAAAAAAGUGCUGGUAACAUUAAAAAAAACCCCAAAAAACAAACAAACAAAAAAACAAAAACAAAAAAACAAACAUCAUUCUUAGCAACAUCAAUUACUCUUCCACACAAAACAGAAACCUUGUAAAAUUUAUUUCCGUAUUUUUUAAGGCGUAAUACUUCCGUAUAAAGUAUAUGCAAGAGAUAAAACUUCACAGUAUUCCAAAAUGUCACAAUAAUAAUAAUAAUAAUAAUAAUAUAGUAUAAUGAAGCGCUAGUUAAUUUUCUUUUUUUUUUCCUUUUUUUUUUCUGUUUUAAAUAACAAAUACAAGUCACAGGUAAAUAUACGUGAGAAAAAUACGAGGCUAAUAUUAAAUGGCAGGUAAGGAUACUCUCACUGUAAGAAAAACUGGCAGGAUGUGUGUAUUGAUUCUAUAUUUUAAAGCACUUGAUAGAAAAGGCGUAUGCAAGGGUUUCUUUAAACAAUUUUCUGUUUGCUUCUUUAAUAACUGACAUACCAUUUACAGAGUAUAAUAAGAGAAACAAAAGGAACUCAUAACCCCUCCAAACUUUUGACCUGCUCUUCAUAUCUUCACAAACCAUGUCUCAGUGUGUGUGAGUGUAUAAAAACACACACAACCACAACAACGCACAUUGCUAGAGGCAAAGACCUGUCUCCUGAGAAGCAGCUUUGCCUACUGGGGACCAAAUCAUGAAGUCUUUAUUCUGGCAUAACUGCCACUGAAAGCAGAGCGCGGGGGGGCGGGGGGUGCUGCCUGCCCAAAGACUGCAGGAUUUAGGCCUGAAUGCAGUUUCCCAUUCACUCAGCUUUGAAUGACUGUUGGGAAUUUCUUUGUUCCCAAUAAGGAAAUGUCCCCCUCCCUCAGCCAUUUAUGAAUUUUUAACUUUGUCCGCCAAAAAGGGCAGAGACGGGUUCAGAAAUUUCCCUCUAAAUUCAAACCAAUCCAAUGAAGAACGGGAACAUAGAUGGAGCGUCUCUCACACACACACACACACACACACACAGAUAUCACAGCAGGGUGUGCGUGCAUGUGUGUGCAUUUCAUAGAAAGGCCUGUGGAAUGCACUAGGCGCACACACAGCCAUACCCUCGCCCCCGCACACGUGUGUACAUGUUAACAGCCAGCCAUUCAGCCAACAGGUAACAAAAAGACAGCAGAUAGCAUAACACAUCAAUAAGGUGCUCAAAGGAAAAAGGUGGCUACCACUCCUGGAAUGGGAAGCCACAUUAAGGUGCUUCAAAAAGUUUUUUUUUUUCUUUCUUUUUUUUUCAUUUCAGACAUUUAAAAAGUACUGAUUUGCAUGUGCUGAUUGAGAGCAAGGCCAAGAGUUUUGAGAUCUGACAUCUUCCAUAAACAAGGGCUUUUUCAGGACAGGGUUUGUUUUUGUGGGACGAUCAUGUAUUUUUGUAGAUUUCUAUUUUUAGUUUAAAAAAAAAAACAACAAGAAACAAAAAAAACCCCCCAAAACAACCCAGCUGAGAAUUGGUGUAGCACUUGAAUUGCAUUAUUGGACCGAAAGGGUUUUUGCCCAUUCAUUCAGUUGCCUUCAGUUAGCACCGUUCCUUUUUAUUCUGGUUACAGCCCACACCUACGAUAGUUAUUGAACGUACAGAAAGAACCAAAGUCACUUGCAAGUAGCUGUUUUCAUUUUUUGUGAUGUGUUUCAAGAGCCCAACCAUAAUUCCUCUGCUGCCUUUGUGUUCGUGUAGCAUCUGGUUUUGUGAGCUUAACUAUAGACAGACUCUCUACUUAAGCUUUGUGUGUCUCGGUGUGUGGCUAUGGAUACGGGUAUGUGUGUACGUAUCCACAUGUUCUAUACAUACAUACACCACAGAGUGUAUUUUAACUGGAGAUAAAGUGAACUGGGUUCAGACACUCAUGCACUAGCUUCCUCCUGUGUAUUUGAAACAGACUGGAGCACUGUUUUGUUUUGUUUUUUUUAAAGUG